ACUGUGGUAUGAUAUAUAUAAUAAUAACUUGGUUACUCCAAUCCAAGAACAACCAAGAAGUCAGCAAAUUAAAUUGAAGAAGCUAGCUGGCUAACAAAGAACUGAAGAAAAUUAAAUUAAAAUUCAACAACUCCACUCUCCACCAGUUGGAUUUUGCAGUUUUUCAUCAGAAAUGUAAAAAGGCAUCUUGUUCCUUUCGAAGAGACAAAAGAAUCAAAAAGUUUUUUUGUAAGCUAAAUAAGGUGUUGUGGUAUGAUAUGGUAUGGAUGAAACCAUCCAAAAUCAUUGGAAGUGAAGAGGAAUGUCAAAGUAGUGAAUCUGGAUGGACCAUGUACAUUGGAUCCCACAUAGAAGAUGAUGAUGGAGACAUUGAUAGUGGAGAAUAUGAAGAAACUACUCAUCAAGCUUAUCCAGAAGAUGAUGAAAGUGAUGAUUCUAUGGUUUCUGAUGCUUCUUCUGGGCCAAGUCAUCAACAUGGGAAUACUAUUGGCAAAGGAAUCAACUAUGGCUUAACAGGUUUCAAGCAAGUGGUGGUUGAAGUUGAAGAAAAUCAAUAUGAUGAUGAUGAAAACAAGUAUUGCUUAGAGAAGAAAGCAAAUAAAACUGUGGAAAAGCAAAAGGAAGAAAAAAAAGUGGAAAACAAAGAGAUGAAAUUUGUGGAUGGUGAUAAUAGUAAAGGCAAGUCUUCAAUUCAAGGUGGUGGCAAGGUGAGAAAAAGGAAAUAGCUUGAUAAUUUUUAGUAGGAAUCGAACUCGGUAUCCUGAGAUUUACAACACUCACACACUGCGCAUCAACCACUUGCGCCAAAUGCUAGACCCCGGUGAUAUGUACUUCUCUGUUUAAUUAGCAGUUAGUUAGUUUGUUAGUACUAAUUUUAGGCUUUAUUUCAACUAAAUAACAGCUUCAAUUACUGUGUUGUACUGAUUUGUGUUUAUGGAUUUGUUGUUAAGUAUGAAA